GUGACUUCUGAUUAAACAAACUAGAUGCCAAUCAAAAUGUUUGGAAUUUUUUCUUUCUCCAAAUUAAAAUCGAUAAGAGAAUCGAUAAAGAAUAGCUGUUUUGAUUAUAUGUCUUAACGCCUUCAAUGAAUGAACACGUUCAGGAUAACAUUGCACUUAUUCUCCAAAUUAGAACUGUCCUCUUGUGAAAUGUUAGCGUAUGCAGGAUUUCACCCCACAAAACUUUCAAAGUCUGUCAGUAGAGAAGCCCACUGGCAGGCCACCGUGUUUUUUAUUUUUUUAAAUAACAUAAAUAUAAUGAUAAUAAAAUUAUUAUUAUUAUUAUUUUUUUGUAUCAUAACAAUUUUUGAAAUAAUGACUGUUAAGUAAGGGUGUAACGGUACAUGUAUUUGUAUUGAACCGUUUCGGUACGGGGUGCUCGGUUCGGAACGGAGGCAUACCGAACGAGUUUCUGACGUAAUGUAACCCUUACUUUUCGAGGCUGUGAGUCGAUCGGGUUACAGUUUCUUUGUGUAGAUUAUAUUUACUCCGUCUUCUCUACUAUAAUGAGGACCAACACGAUAGGACAGUAAGAAACGUCAAUGGCGCGACAACGUGGCCGCCGCGAGAACGCACUGAAACACGGGCGUUAAAGUCAGUCAGUCAAUACACACCAGUCGCAGUGCGGCCGCGUGUCAGACGCGUCCCAGAAGCGGCUCAACGCGACGCAUGCGAAAAGAACGGCAGAGUUUAUUAUUUGAUGCGAGACGCGACCCUCCUGCGUCAAUACUACUAGCUAGGAUUGGGCAGACCGGAAGUCGCUCGUGUAAAAAUACGGUGGAUCCGGUCGAUUUUCAAACUAAUAUGCAAUCGUAACUAGGGAUGGGAAUUGAUACGAUUUUUUUCGAUUCCGAUCCCAUUAUCGAUAUUGCUUAACGAUUCGAUUCUUUAUCGAUUCUCUUAUCGAUUCUAAUUUCGGGAAAAAGAAGAACAAACAUUUUGAUUGGCAUCAAGUUUGUUUAAUCAGAAGUCACAACCUUACAAACUCACAACGAGGUCAAAAGAGGCCCAAAGCCUCAAUGUUAACUGUGGCAAUAAGUGGCAAAUACACAAGAAUGUGUAACAUUUUACUGAAACAUUUUUCUAAUAGAAAUAAAAAAUAUUGGUAUAUUUUGGCAUAUAGGUCGUUGUUCUGCCUUUGGCAAUGUCCCCAAACUUUUUCCUGUGAGGGCCAAAUAACUUUUCCCUUCUCUGAUGAGAGGCCGGGGUCAGUUUGUAACAGAAAAAGUGUGACGAUUGCAGGAGUGCAAAAUGUAAAAAAAAUAUUGUUUUUCAGAAAGCCACAAUCAAAUAACCCUCUGUGGAUUCUUCACGGAACAAAAGUAAAUAAAAUACAAAUAAUAAUAUAAUAUAAUAAUAAUAAAUAAUAAUAGCACUAUUAAUUAAACAGAUAAUAACCAAAUAACCCUCUCUGACUUAUUCACUGAAAAAGGCCAGGAAAUAAAUAACACUACUGAGGGAGAAAAAAACAAAAAAAAUUCAAAAUGCUCUCUGGAAUUGUUCAGGGGGCCGGACCAAAUAUGGAGCCGCGGGCCGUAGUUUGGGGAGCCCUGUUUUUAUUUACCAGUAUGUUGAAAUGCAUGCCUUUUAGUUUUUAUGGCGCUUUCACGCUCAAGUGGUGGCGCCCUUGCGCUUCCUCACGCGAAGAAGAGCGCGAAGAAGAAGAAAUGCCGCAUCCAAGCCAGUGAGCGAGUUAGUGAGAAAGGGAAACACUGCCACGAGCCUACGUUCUUUGUUAAUGUUUGUAAAAUAUCCACAGAGCCAACGCCUGCAUGUAUCAUCUUCUGUGUUGUUGUUGUGUGUUUCCACUCGCGAUCGGACACUUAAAUCCAGGUGUGUAGUGGUUUAAACGAUGUGCUAAUGCUAGCGAACGCAUGCUAACAGUUUGUUAUGACUGUGUUAGCAGCUAAUCAUCGCUGAUUUAAGUUGAUGCGAACCUGUUUGUUAUUGGGGACGAAAUUGAUUUGUUUCAUUUCUAUUUUUAGUUUCAAGUGAUGGUUGAAUAAAGUCAGCAAAUUAUACCAACGUCUUCUGCAUCGUCAUUUGGGAGUUUAGCUAGCUGUAUAGCCAGGACUGAGCCUUAGCGUCUCGGUGAGGACAGUGCAGUCUAUUCCCUCCCGAUGCAGUUAUUUCCAUCUCGCAAUGACUGCAAGUCGCUUUGUUGUAAUUUUUCCUCGUGAAAUGAAGACACACUUUCGAGCGUUCGAACCUAUGUCAUUGUUAUGUUUACGGCAGCAACGCUCGUGCUAAACUAUCAUAACCUUUCAUUUUCACCCUUUUUCCUGGUGAAGUGUAGCCAAACUUUGGAGCGAGUGGUUCUUGGCGCCAUGCUAGUUUGAUGCGUCUGGACAACAAGACACGCCACGACGCGAUAUGCGUCUUUAGGGAUCGUUAAAGGGAUCGUUAAGGCUUUUUCAUUGUGAUGUCGAGGCCUCGAAACACUCGGAACUGGUUCUGAAUUGGAAUCGGAUUUCGAUUCCCAUCCCUAAUCGUAACCCACUUUUUGAGUCCAUCAGAUCUCUCGAGUGGUAGAUCGGGGCAAGAAAAGGCAGACGCCCCACCAGGCUAAUAAAGGACAGGGGAAACCCAGCUCAUGCACAAGACUCCAAUACAGCGGAGACUAUUAACUUGGCGCCUUGUUUAGGGAUGUCCCGAUCGGAUAUUUUUGCACCCGGGUCGGAGUCACCUGAUUUUGAGAAUCUGCCGAUACAGAGUCACGAUCUGAUACCAGGAAAAAAGGUUUUUUUUUUUUUUUUUUGUUUCUAUUUGAACAAAAAUUUCAAACAUGUUACAGUACUGCACUUUUUACAGUCCUUCCUCCUCCGCUUCUUUUUUUCCUCACUUCUUUCUGAAAGAAGAAAGGCAAGGCAAGGCAAAUUUAUUCAUAUAGCACAAUUCAAUACAAGGCAAUUCAAAGUGCUUUACAUCACAUGAAGAUCAUAGAAAUUACAUUUAAAUCAACACAACGUAAAAACCAAGACAAAAGAUCGCAUUUAAUCACUGAAUAAAAAUAAAUAAAUAAAAAUAAAACAGAAAUAAAAAUAAAACAAAAACUACUACUAAUAAUAAUCAUUGAAAUCAGCAAUGGAGAUAAGCACAAGAGGAAUAGAAAGCAGGUAGAUUGAAAUACAUAGACAGUUAUGGAUAUGCAGUGCUAAACAAAAGCGGAUUUAGCCCUGAUUUAAAAGAGCUAACAGUUUGAGCAUACUUCAGACGUUCGGGUAACUUGUUCCAGAGGUGAGGAGCAUAAUAACUAAAUGCUGCCUCACCCUGCUUGGUUCUUGUUCUUGGAACAUGCAGAAGACCGGUUCCAGACGACCUUAGGGGUCUAGAUGUCUCAUAGGAAUCUAACAAGUCAAGCAUGUAUUUUGGUCCAAGGCCAUUAAGUGUGUUGUAGACGAGCAGUAGUAUUUUAUAGUCUAUCCUUUGACUCACUGGAAGCCAGUGUAGCGAUUUCAAAACCGGUGUAAUGUGGUCCAGCUUCCUUGUAUUUGUGAGGACUCUGGCUGCAGCAUUCUGUACUAGCUGCAGCUUCCUGACUGAUUUUUUAUCAAGACCUGUAAAUAUACCGUUGCAAUAGUCCAAUCUGCUGAAAAUGAAUGCAUGCAUAAGUUUUUCCAUGUCUUGUUGAGUCAGAAGCCCCUUAAUUCUGGUUAUAUUUUUUAGGUGGUAAUAAGCGGAUUUAGUGACGGACUUUAGAUGGCUAUCAAAUUUUUUUUCUGAGUCAAUAAUUACGCCAAGGUUUCUGACUUGAUUUGUAGCUGUAAGUGACAUUGUGCUAAGUUGGCUGCUUAUCUUUGACCUUUCCUUUUUUGGCCCAAAAAUGAUCACCUCUGUCUUUUCCACAUUUAACUGGAGAAAAUUCUGGCACAUCCAUUCAUUGAUUUGAUUAAUGCAUUUACUCAGGGAGACUAAGGGACUAUAAUCAUGUGGGGACACAUAAAUGUACAGUUGUGUGUCAUCUGCAUAGGCGUGGUAGGAGAUGUCAUACUGUUCCAUUAUCUGAGCUAACGGAAGCAUAUAGAUGUUAAAUAAGAGUGGUCCAAGAAUUGACCCUUGAGGGACUCCACACGUGAAUUUGGUUCGUUCUGACUGAUAGUUUCCGAUUGACACAAAGAAAUCCCUAUCAUGUAAAUAGGAUGUGAACCACUGAAGAAUAGUGUCAGUAAACCCUACCCACUAGAGCUGGGAAUCUUUGGGCACCUAACGAUUCGAUUACGAUUACGAUUCAGAGGCUCCGAUUCGAUUAUAAAACGAUUAUUGAUGCACCCCACUCCUUUUUUUUUUUUUUUUUUUUUCAUUUGUUUUGUACAUUAGUUCCAAAAUUGUUCAAAAAUCCUCUCAGGCUAAACCAAACUACUAUUUCAGUAUCAAGUUAACAUAUAGCAGUAAACAAAUAUACAAAAAUAACAGUAGAUAAAAAAACUCCAGUCCCCAUUCUAUAUCAGCAGCUUUAAACUACUUUCAAUUAAUUUAAUGUUGUGAAUCAACCGUUAAAGUUGUUAAAAUUGCUCCUGUUAUUCCAUAAUUUCUCUUUUGUCUACUUUCAACAUGUAAAAGUUUUUAAACUAUUUUAAAGAUAGAUUCAAGUCAAUAUUUUAGAUAAAAAGUUAAUUAGGUUCGCUUGGAAGGUUCGCAACAACAGCCUUGCAGGGAAGUGUACUGCUUUAAGAUGGCGGCCGUUACUAACGCCCGCAUCUAGUUUUUUUGUAGAUGUGCUGGUAACGAUACCGAAGCUAUAAUGCAUCUAGUCCUAUAUAAAUGAUAUCUACCGUAACAUAAUGUGGCUUGUGGCAGCUUUUCGGCAGCAGUCAGGUAUGUUGUUUUUUUUUUAUCUCGUGGCAUGAGUUGAGCUAGAGCCGUGAGUUGAGCAUUGGCGUUACCCGAGGGGCCGGGUAAUGAGAAGCAUGAUGUUUAGCUACUCUCGCUCCGUCCCUAAUUGCGUACCGAAGACCGCGCGGCGUGCUGAGUGUGUCGUACUUCUGCUUUACUUGCCAUAUUUCAAUAAUCGGAAUUUGGAUGUUUGUGAAUCGUUCUCGAAUCUUCCACGGCCGGAUCGCGAAUAAUCUAAGAAUCGGAAAUUUUGCACACCUCUACUACCCACUGUUCAAAUCUGCUGAGUAGUAUGUUGUGAUCAACCGUGUCAAAUGCGGCGCUGAGAUCCAAUAGUAGCAGAACAGAUGAUUUGCCUCCAUCGGUAUUCCGACGAAUAUCAUUUAGGACUUUGAUAAGCACGGUCUCGGUGUUGUGUUGUGGCCGAAAUCCAGACUGAAAUGAGUUAAAAAGAUUGUUUUGCAUCAAAAAAGUCUGGAUCUGUUCGAACACAACCCUUUCGAUAAUUUUCCCCAGGAAUGUCAGAUUUGAUAUUGGCCUGUAAUUACUAAUGGUUGAGGCAUCCAGAUUAGUUUUUUUAGGAGAGGUUUUAUUACUGCAGUUUUUAAAGUCUGAGGAAACUCUCCUGUUUGGAGAGAAGUAUUUAUAAUCUGAAGUAUGUCUGGGGCUAUGCAAUGCAAAACAGUUUUGAAAAAGUUUGAAGGAAGGAUGUCAAGGCAGCAUGUUGUGGGCUUUAAUUUCGACACAAUUUCUGUUAAAGUGGCAUAGUCCAAGAGGCUAAACUGUCUAAGAUUGACGUGGGGGACAUUUUGGGAGGCAUUUAGUGUAACAUUUGUUAAUCUGGAGUUGCACACAGUCUGUGAAAAAAGAAGUCCAAUGCUAAAGAGAAAAACAAUCGCAAUGACAAACCUUUUAACAUGUAUUUUACCAAUCAGAUGCCUCAAUGAAUAUUUUCUCAUGUAAGGUUCUGAAAGGAUUUAUUGAUGAAUUUUCUAAAGUUAAAGUGCCACAAAGAAAUUAAUUGUACAUUAUUUUGAAAAUUGACGCGAUCCACCGUAUUUUUACUUGAGUGACUUCCGGUAUGCCCGAUCCUGAUUGAUCCCUAGCCUUAAUGUUUAGAGGCCCCUCUUUCAAAAAAGGACCAGCCUUUACAAAAGAAAAACAACGUAAGAAAACAAGGAUGACAAGCACCCUGGAAUAGCUUUUCUCUGACCUUAGAUGUUCAUCUGUGUUUGUAAAGAUUUUGAGAAUGAUUGACUUUAUUUUUUUCUCUUGUUGUGUUUAUUUUCAAGCUAGGGUGCAUAUAAAAAAAAUUAAGGAAAUAUGAAAUGUAUCUGUUAACUGACAAGACCCGCACAAGUUCUGCCUUAGAUUUAGCACUCCACAGAACAAGAGGUUAAAGAGACCAGCUCUGGGAGCAGUGACCAAAACAUAAGUUAUGCUGUUCUGCGUCACAUUUUAAUCUCGGUGAAUAUUUCUACCUUGAUUGUUAUCUUGUGAUGUUUCCUGGUCUCUGAUGCUGAUUACAAAAAGGAAACAAACAGCAAUCCCUUCUGCUUCUUUACUCACAACCUGUGUGCAGACAAGGACGAUGGCUUGGUUUUCACAUUUUGACGGGAUGUCAAACAAGUUAAUCAUCAAGUAACAGAAGGGAUUCACUAUGAUGGGUGAUGUAAUGUGCUCAUGGCAAUAUUUCAGUGCACAGUUCUUCUGUGAUGAAGCCACAAACUGUCACUUAAAAAAUCUAAAAGGAACUAAAUAUUUUCUUUCCUCUUCGUUUUUGUUAACUGUGUAUUAAAGAUGAUAUGCAGACUUGGCUCUGUAAUAAUGAUGCACCAAAAAUUCUGUGGCCAAUAAUUUUUUAUCAGAAACGCUGAAAAAGUAUGUUUUCUUUUUCAGUUCUUAAGACUUACUUAAAAAUAAUAAUAAUAAUAAUACAGGGCCGAAAGAGGUGUUGAUGUAAGCAAAAUCACGAAAACUGUAUUAUUAUACUUCGGCAAAGAUUAGUGUACUUAAGGAUUGUUCCCCACGACCCACUACAUUAUGGAAAAGCUUUGUGAUAUAGGACAUGUUUAUGUUGAUUCAUGUCACUUAUUCUCAUGCAGCUACAAAUAUCUUCCAUUGCAAUGAAUUGUAUUAAACCACUUUCAAUUAAGUCUUUUGCAGACUGAAAAUGUUGCCACCAGCUUUGAGAUCACAGCUUGGGGCAUUGGAAACUCUCGAUCCUACUAAACAAGAAAAGCAGAGUUUUUUUUUUUUUUUUUUUUAGCAGACUUAAAUCAUCAGUGAACAGAAAUGUUACCACUGUGCUUGUUCAUCAAUAAUAUAGAUGGCAAAAAUCAGAUGGCUUAUAGAUGUCUAAAAUCAGCUGUUGUUAAUCUUACUUUAAAAAGUAGUUACAAAUUACUUCUCCCAAAAACUAAUUGAGUUAGUAACACAGUUACCUCAUUAUAAGAGUAAUUAGUUACUCGGCAAAGUAACUGAUGCUACUUUUAAUGUUCUACACGUUAUUACAUUAUACAUUCUAUAAUAUCUUUAACAUAAAAGAUAAAUAUAUAUAAACGUAUAGAAUUAAAAAUUUCACCUGUAUAACAAUGUAACGGUAUACAAACUUAAAAUUUGGAAUGCUGUGAGGAAAAAGAACCUUUUUAUUUUCCCUGUUGUACUAAACCCGCACCAAACUAUUACUACUGACUAUUUUUGGUAAUAAUGAUGAAAAAAUUAUUAUAUUGUAGCGUCUACAAGGACAACGCCGACUUGGUGAUUAUGCACACUCAGCAGGAAAACAGUACAUUUUUUUCAAUUAAUUGUACCCACCUAGACGCCACGAACUGUAUGUUAAAAAAAAAAAAAGAAAGUUGCCCAAGAGUUUAAGAUAACGCUCGCCACGCUAAAUGCUAAUGCUAAUGAGCCACCUAGUCAAUCAUCAUCGGCGUCACCACCUACUUCCUUCCUAACCCUCCCGCUAUGAUAUCUCUGAGGAAGCUGUGAUAAAAUCAGGCAACUUGCGCCUCAUUUAACCAAAUUGUAGUAACGCGCCCCUUCACAUUCUCAAUAACGGUAAUGGCAUUGCAAAGAUAGGAAAAGUAAUUAAUUGGAUUAGUCACUACUGAAAAAAGAAAAUGCAGUUACACUCUAACACCGUUAUUAACAACACUGAAAGUCAUCACUAAAUGAUUUUAGGCUAAUAUGAGCUAUUUAUGGAGGAUAUCGAGUGCCCUGCCAACAAAUACAAAAGUGACCUGCCAACAAAUACAAAAGUGAGGGACAAAUCUCUUAUUGUUUGAUACUUUGUCAGAAAGAUCCACGACUACACCUUUGGUUCAAAAGUAAACUCCAACUCCUGAUAGAACAGUCACUUGGUUAAAAAUUGUUCAAUGAGAUUCACAUCUUCCCUUAUUAUGCUUUUUGCAAGCUUUCCAAACAGGCAGGCACAUUUGAAAUCCGAAUAGAAUUGGAAUGGUCGCAUCCAGAACUAUAAAAGCUGCAAAAAAGGCGAAAGAUGAGACAUACAGUAUGCAUUUCAAAAGUCUUUAGCAUGCUUUUCUUUUCUUUCUUUUUUUUUACCCCAGAGCGACUAAGAAUUUGCACAUGGGCAACACAAGGUUCAGACAACUCACAAAUACCGAACAUGAAAUAAAAAUGUAAAGAUAAUUUUAAAUUUUACCACUCCAUUUUUGAAGAUGAUGUCAUCCUACUGUUUGCACACUUGUAUAGGAAUGUAACACCUUUCUAUCAUUAUUACACAAAGUCGUGUAAAACAAUUUAAAGGACUGCUUUUUAACAAUAAACAGUUGCUAACUCUUUCAUAAUAAUUUAAGUUGAUAACUAUUAAGUGGGAGGGACUCGAUGUCGAGCCGCUACUCCUCCGCGUUGAGAGGAUCCAGUUGGGGUGGCUGGGGCAUCUGGUUUGGAUGCUUCCUGGACGCUCCCUGGAGAGGUGUUCCGGGCAUGUCCCACCGGCGGGAGCCCCCGAGGAUGACCCAGGAUACACUGGACAGGCUAUGUCUCUUGGCUGGCCAGGGAACGCCUUGGCAUCCCACCGGAGGAGCUGGUUGAAGUGGCUAGGGAGAGGGAAGUAUUGGCUUUCCUGCUAAAGCUGCUGCCUCCGCGACCCGACCCCGGACUAAGCAGUAGAUGAUGGAUGGAACUAUGAAGUGCAAGAACAUAAUCCCUUUCAAACAAUGUGCAAGCUUUCACCAAACUCCAAUCAGUUCUCAAAUACAACAAACCUUGAAGGGAAAGUUUGAGUUAAGAUUUUUUUCGUAAACAUUAUGGAAAUAACCAAAAUGUUAUGAUAAAAUACACACAUUGCAUCAUAUCCCAUUUUGACACUGUGUGAGAAGCCUCAAUUGCUGUACUGUAGAGCUGAUCAAAAAUCAAUACCACACCAUCAAGUUCAUUGUUAUUACCAAUGAAUCUAUUAUUAUACUUUAUAUACUUUUUAAUAUUAUCCCAAAUUACAGUGAAUGAUUAUAGUUGUCCGAUAAUUACUUUUCAUUGCGAUACUGUCCAACUCCAAAAAUUCGAUCCCGAUAUCAACCCAAUGCUGAUAUACUGUAUAUGCAGUCGUGGACUUUUUUUUUGUUUUGUUUAUUGGUCACAUAAGUUUCAUGACAUAAUGAAGUAACAUUUGAGCAUAUUUUCCUUUACCAGAAAAAAACAAAACAAUAACAACAACAACAAAAAACCUCAAAACCCCCCCAAAACCCAACUAUAUGAAAAAAAAAUAUAUGAUUAUUGUUUCCCUUUAAAAGGGGAAAAGGCACAGAUCAAGAAAAACUAAUAUUCACACAUAUAUUUGGGGCAAAGUUCAAACAUCCACACAAAGAUUACAUUCUGAGCUUUUAACAUAUACCAAAAAAGGGUUCUAGACGUUCUCAAAGGACUCAGCCGAUCCUCUGAGUGUCAGUCUAUUUUUUUCCGAUUUGAGAAAAUAUAACAUCUAUUUGAGCCAGUAGGCUUGCGUAGGUGGGACUGGAGAAUUCCAUCUUAAAAGAAUUUGCCUCCUAGCCAGCAAGGUUGAAAAUGCUAUAAGGUCCCCUUUCUGGGAAGGUAGAAAACGUGCUUCUGGAACCACACCGAACUGAGCAGUCAAGGCAUUUGCAGCAAUAUCCAUCCCGGUGAUCUUUGAUAGGACAGCAAAAAUGUCAGACCAAUAUGCAGUUAAAGAAUGACAUAACCAAAACGUGUGCAUAAUCAGCUGGAGCCUGCUUACAUCAAUCACAAGUGGAGGAGACCGCAUCAAAUAAUUUGGCUAGCCUAGCUUUGGUAUAAUGUGCUCUACGUAGGAUCCUGCACUGGGUAAAACCGUGUUUAGCACAGAUUGAGGAUUUAUGCGUCCCACAUAAUUUCUCUCCAAACCUCUUCAGGUAUACUAAUUUCCAAACCCGACUCCCAUACUGCCUUAAGGGUGUUUAAAGUGGAAUCUGAUCCGGUUUUGUAAAUAUUUGAAUAGCUGUGAUAAAUGAACUAUGGUAAUUGCACCCUUUAGCGAUGGCAAAGGUUUUAAAAAGGUAUCUAAAACUGAGGUAGUAGGGAGUGUCGGGAAACUUGGCCAAAGUGAGCGAACAUACAGUAAGUGCGGAUUUGAAGAUAUCUGAAAAAAUGGCAGUUAGGUAAUGAAAACUUUUCAGCUAGCUGUUGAAAGGAAGCAAAGGUUGGAUUCCGAUACAAGUCCUUGAACAUUUCAAUGCCCAGCCUAGACCACAUAGUAAAUAAAUGUGCUAUCCAGUAGAGAAGGGGGGAAAGCAUGAUUCGGUGAAAUUGGAGCCUGAAUGGAAGGCGCCUGUAGACCAAAAUAUGCUCUAAAUUGGUUCCAAAUUCUGAGACAGUAGAAUACAACAAAAUUUUGUGAAUUUGGACAGGUAGAUGAUAAGAGCGGUGAAAACAAUAGGGAUUUCAAUGUCACCGGUUUGACGGAGUUGGCUUGAACAUCAAGCCACAGUGGGGUGCUAUCAGUACUCUCAUAGCAGAGCCAAUAUGUCAAGUUCUUAAUAUUAACUGGCCAAUAAUAGUACAGUAUUUGGAAGAGCCAUUCCACCUAGUUCUUUGGGUCUUUAGAGUGUCUGAUAGCCCAACUUGGGUUUCUUUUUAUUCCAUAUAAAAUCCCUAAUAAGGCUGUCCACCGAUUUAAACAAGGAAAGAGGGAAAAAAAACUGAAUACAGUGGAACAAAUAAAGAAAUCGAGGGAGAAUGUUCAUUUUAACCGAAUUUAUCCGAGCUGGAACAGAGCGAUUGAGUAAGGACCAUCUUUCAAAGUCUUGUUUGAGCUGUACGAGCAGUGAUUUAAAAUUCAUCUUACAAAGGUUGCUUAAUGUGUCCAUCACAUAAACUACAAGAUAAGCAAAACCUGAUGUAGAUACUCUAAAUGGCAAAGUUUCUAAUGAAUAUACCUCGGCUAGCUGAUUCACAGGAAAUAUUUCACUCUUUCCCAGAUUCAGUUUAUACCCUGAGAUUCUACUAAAAUCACGUAAAAUAGUGAGUUCUGCAGGAAUGGAACGAGAUAAGUCAGACAAAAAUAACAGAAGAUCAUCAGCAUACGUAUAGUCCAACUUUCAGCUCCAUACCAUGUCACACUAUACCAUUUAGGUCAGGGUGACAUUUCAGUGCAGCCGAAAGAGGUUCCAGUGCCACCGCAAACAACAGUGAGCUCAAGGGACAGCCCUGCCUGGUAGAUCGAGAUAAGUGAAAAUAUUCGGAAUUUGUAUUAUUCGUUCUAACUAACGCUUCUGGAGACGAGGACAGAAGCCUAAUCCAAGAUCCAAAUUUUGUUCCAAACCUAAAUUUCCCCAAACAAAAACAUUAAUAAUCCCAUUCCACUCGGUUAAAGGCCUUCUCAGAAUCCUCUCAGAUGCUCUCCGACCGGGCAUCAGUUGAGUGGUUGUACACAGUGUUGAAAACCCUUCUAAGAUUGAAAAAACAGUGUCUAUCACCAAUAAAACCAGUCUGGUCUUGAGAAAUGAUCAAUGGUAGUAUUCGCUCUAGACGAAGAGCAAACAAUUUAGACAAAAGUUUAAAAUUCACAUUCAACAAACUGAGAGGGCGAUAAAAUGGGUCUUUACCAUUCUUGAGAAUCAGAGAGAUACAUGCCUGAUUUAGCAGUUGGAGGAGAGCACCAAGAUCAAAGGCCUCUGUAAACACCUCCAACAAAUAUGGCGUUAAUGGCUUCCAAAAUGUUUUAAAGAAUUCAUUCGAAAAACCAUCCAAACCCGGGCUUCUGCCGCUCUGUAAGGAUUUAACUGCCUUUUCCAGUUGAUGUCCAGUAAUAGGGCGUUCUCGCUCCUCUCUCAAGGUUUGAUUCAGAUCAGGGAGCGGUAUUUUGCUAAGCGCACAAGUCUAAUAUUAUUUCGCCUCGAACGGGCUUCCAGGUCUUCAAAUUUCGUGUUUAAGGACACCACUAUUUCCGACAGCUUAGCCACCUUAGCCCGUUGGCUAGCUAGCUGGGUUUCGUUAGCUGCACACUCGGCUCAAGGUCCGAAAUUGUUUCUUUCUGAGCCUCGAUUGUCAUUGCUACGGGCUUCAGAGCUCGUGCCACUUUUGUCUUAACAGACUCAAAUUAUUGUCUCGAAUUAUGUGAAAAUUUCCGUUCGAAGUUCAUCAAUCCGGUCUUUUAUGCUGCGUAGCAUAUGGUCGUUAGCCGCCAGCUGUGGCGGUAAUUCAGACGCUGUUCGUUGCUUACCACGGCCACUUUUCGAUGGGUCAGUUCUCUGUCGGAGGCUCGCCAUUUCCAAAACUGCCGAUCUCAUAAUGCACAGCAGCACAGUGUGCGCUAAAUCUCAGCAGUGGACAGUUUCAUGAGUUUGAAUAGUAGGAUAAAAUACAGCAUUCCCACAGAGAGCCUGCGACACACAUCCUACAUGGUGCGCCGCCCAACCUAGCCUUUUCAAUUUGGAAUGUCUGCAGUCGUGGCAUUAACAUAUGAUGGCUAUUUGUAUUUUGAUGCCCCAAUGGGUGCUUUAAUAAUGAUAAAUAUAACAACUUCAAGGUUUUCCCAAUAAACGUUCUGUGAAAAAUAAGAGGACAACUUUAACUGAAGUUAUGGAAAAAGUGCCUGUAUUGAACAAUGAAUAUAGUGGUGCAAAUCAAAAUAGUGCAAACAUCAGUUUUUUUGAUCAGGUGCAAGUGCAAAGUGCCAACAAGGCACCGAUUCUGUCCUCAAUGUGUGUAUGGGUACACAAAUCGGGCUCUAAAGAGAAACGAAAACAAAACAGAUAAUGAAAAAUCCAUGUUCGUCUUAUUUGAUAUCAUUUUAAAAUACUAUUAUUGACUGAUAGAAUCGGCUACAAGUGAACAGUGAGGCAUACAAAAACAAAUACAGUAUUUCCUCCUUUGACAGGGGCUAAAGAGAGACACUGAAAUAUUGGAACUGAGCCAAAUCUGCAAAAUGUCCGAGAAGAGAGUUAGAAGUAGUCUAGUGGCUUGCUGCUCUUUGUCCUGUAUUUUCUACCCUUCAUAAACAGGAAGCAGCUAUCUUUUGCUGUGUAACUCUUUUCCAACGCCUGUCAUUUACGGUCUCUUGGUCAGUGUUUGUUCCUGUUCCUACACUUGCCUCCCUCUCUGAGUACAUACAAUAUGUCCAGCAAGUGACAGCUCCCCUGCUAUCUGACGCAUGGCCCCAUCAUAGAAGCACAACAGGAACAGCCUGUUGCCUUUUCAUCCAGAAAAUGUGAGACAAAGUGCCGUGACAAAGAAGGGUGGAUGUCUCCUUCUUACCUAUUUUCUCUGCUCUAUUCCUAGAAUUCCUGUUUUUGCUGCAUGGGCUUCCCCUCGAACAUUGUCAGACCAGUCGAGCUCCAGUUACACUUGUCUUUGAUCCGCUUGUUGUCAUCUUUGUCUACCUUUCCGCUGGUUUGUUUUCCAGUAGAUUUGGUGUUAGUGAGUUCAUACCGUGCUGCCAGCCUCACUUGGUUUUCCUUUCCCACAUCAGUGAACUGACAACUUGAAUGCACAGGCCUGGGAGAAGGCAGAGGCGGAGGGACACAUGGCACUUUGUUGUUGUGAAUACCACAGAUGACACGUAAUGUCUCCCUCUGUUACAGCAUAUGUUACACCCAGAGACAUGUAACACAGAAAAACCCGGACGUAAACCAAACCUGCGCACAUCAUCCUCUUGAGCCCUAUUUUAAUCCCGCUAUUGGGUUUAAAAUGUUUUUUUUUUUUUUCUGAUUACAUAGGGUCCAAAAAUACAGUUGCCCCUCGUUAUCAAAAGGUUUACAUGCCAUAGUCCUUGGAUGAAGAAAAAUACAUUAAGUAGGGACCAUAUAUUCUUUUAUUAUUGUAUUUAUACUGUCUGUAUUUUAACUCCUUAUGCAUACUAGUCAUAUAAUAGUAAUAUACAAUAUGCACAUGAAGUGAACUGUCACUAAACCUUUGUAAAGGUAAAUAUGCUAUUUGGCAAAAAAGGACUGAAAGAACAUCUAGAUCAGUCAUGUCCAAAGUCCGGCCCGGGGGCCAAAUGCGGCCCGUGGUCAAAUUUCCCCAGCCCCCAGCCUCUGUCAUAAAAUUAAUAACGUCUGGCCCGCCCACACUUAAUAAAUUGGUCAGGAGUACUGCUACCAGCAUAUGAAGUAGCUUACACACUAAAUGCUGCUCCUCAUUUACCCACUAAAAGGCAGCAGCACUCUUAGCAACAUUACGCUGUGUGACCCUUUACUUCCAAUUUUCUAAAAUGGCGACAAUCAACAAAAAAAAGUUGACUGCGACGGCCGACGCUUCAAGGAUAGGUGGAAAUUGGACUAUUUCUUCACUAAAGUACGCAACAACUGUGUCUGCCUCAUUCGCAAAGAGUCAGUCGCUGUUUUUAAAGAGAUCAAUGUGAGGCGUUAUUACCAAACGACACGCUGACAUGUAGGACAAGAUUACAGGGAAGAUACGCCGCGAAAAAUUGAAACAACUUGAAGCUAGUUUAAUUUCACAGCAGCAGUAUUUUGCAAGAGCCCGAGAGUCGAAAGAGCGCGCCACAAAGGCUACCGUAGUUGCGAGAUUGUUGAAAUUAUUAAUAAAAAAAUAAGUAAAUCAAAUGAUACACACAGAAUGAGUUGCUAAAAUUUACUUAUAUUGUUCUACAUAAAGGAGGUCAGCCAAGGUCGGCCCCCCACAUUUUUACCACACCAAAUCUGGCCCCCAUUGGACACCCCUGAUCUAGAUAUUCAAGUAAACCAGGUGGCUAUAGACCCUACUCACCUACGUCACAAAAUGACGUGUCGCUGUAUCCGGCCGCCAUAUUGUCCGUCAUUUUUUAGCCCUAUUCUCAAUGGUUUCAAUUAGUCGUGCAAUUUAUAGAGGAAUUCAUGGAAGCCCCGGUGUUAUCUGACGCUGUAAACUCAUUGGAUGCAUUGCAUAAAAGGCGUUAUGUGGAAAAGCUUCAGUUUAUCCAUUCGCCAGAUCCAUAUUUGAUGCCUAAAUCGAUGUUUUUCGACCCGCUGUCUUCGGCGUCUCUGCCUGACAUCUGCUACCGUGAUAUUUACAACUAUCUUGUCCACACAAAAUCAGCCUAUUCUUACGAAAGUUUGAAAAACUUUAAGAGCUUGGAGGCUUAUAAAUACUUCGUUGCUGGUUGGGUGAAACAGGUCCUAGUCCACGAAAAUUCGGCAGGAAUCUAUCUUGUGCUCGGGAAGGUGAGUUACGAAAUUUUCAAUUCAAAAUCUUAUUUUCUUGCUAACAUCCACUGUCAAGUCUAAUGUAUUUCAUGUCAUUUGUCAAUGGAGCUAGGGCUUUUAAUGUUUAUAUGGUUUAGCGAUAGCACUCUCACUACAUACAUAUAUAAUAUGUAAUAAAUAUGAAGUGCGAUAGCACUACUCCAGAUUGUCCCUAGUUGAAUUUAUUUUUUGGCUUUUGACCUCAAUAGUGAAAUUGUAAAUUAAUUGUAUGACAACUGUCUUAUUAUCCCCUUAUAAUUAUAUAUUUUCAGGUAGUUCAUUCACAAUGUCUGAGUGUAUGUUGUCGGCGAUUAGCCUAGCAAUGAUCUUAAUUGUGGUUGUCAGCCCAAAACCCUCUAAAUAUAUAUUAAAUGCAUCUUACCAGAUAUAAAAUGACUACUACAUAAUCCGUGGUAAUCGUUUGGAGCCCAGUUUUCUCGUCGAAUUGCAGCAGUCCAUCUCGCUCUCCUCUCCGGGUCUCUCAGAAUCCGGUAGAACUUCAAGUCUCUCCGUCUAUCUGUUAUCGCAACCGACUGGCACACACGCCUUCACCAUUUUGAUUAUUAAUGUUAACGAGCAGAAAAACACGCCAUAAUAGGAGGAAUUUACGUAGCGGUAAUGCAUCAACAGUGACGAGUUGACGGACAAUACUGCGCGGGGGCGUGGUUGUGACGUCAUGUGAGUGUAGGGUCUAUUGAACGUGUUAGAGAACACAGGGUAUUAGGUAUGAUACUUGAUGAUUCAUUAACAUGGAAUGCACAUAUAAGACAACUAAAAAAUAAAUUAGCGAGGAGCGUCUCCAUUCUUUACAGAGCACAAAAUGUACUAGAUCACAGGGCCCUCCAAAUAAUUUAUAAUGAAGUUUUUACCCAAUUUGACUUACUGCGCCGAAAUUUGGGGACACACCUACAAAUGCCGAUGACACCCUCUGUUGGUCAUCCAGAAAAAAGCAAUACGGAUUAUUCAUAAGGCGAAAUACACAGCACAUACACACGAGUUAUUUAUCAUAUCCAAUUUAUUGAAGCUGUAUGAUUUAAUAAAUUUCAAAACGGGACAGAUGAUGUACAAAGCCUCAACUAAUAGCCUUCCGUAUAACCUGCAAAGUCGUCUCCAGGCUAGGGGAUUGAAAUACGAUUUGAGGGGAGAAAAUGUGUUUAAACUUAAUUAUGCUGGAACAACACUAAAAUCAUUUUCAGUCCCUUACUCUGGUGUACAUCUUUGGAAUAAAUUAGAUUCUACAGUGAUGAGCUCAGGGUCAUUGGCUGUUUUUAAGAGGAGAUAUAAACACAUUUUAUUAAAUGAUUAUGUUGCUGAGUCAAGCUAACUCUAAGUCAUAUUACGAAUUGUACAAUAGGUACAUAAUGUCUGGGUGGCAAUUCAAACUUGUGAACAAAACCAAGUGUACCCAAAACAAAGGAGGGUAAAAAAAAUAAAUAAAAGGUGACUCAAAGCCUAUGCAAACAGAACUCAUCCAGUCAUCACAAGGACAGAUAAUCUUUAUACUGUAAAUGCACAGAAAACUGACUUCAAAUAGUAUUAUUGUGACAUUCUGUAAUGACAUGGAACUGGUCAGUUGGCCACUGAGUGCCCUGGCCAAGAUCUUCUCUACAAUGCGGCCAAAACCUGGACAACGCACCUAAAGUCUGGAUAUGUGGAGGAUAGCUGGGGUAGAUGGCGGCCGCUGUGUCUAAACACACUCGAAGUGGAAUGACAUCGAGGAUGUUUUUCUUUUUGUUGCGCUGCUGGCUGCUAUUCUUCUGCUGCGGCUUGGAGUUCACUUGAUUCGUUGGAACAUCAUCAAAGUGUUGGAUGGCCAAUAGCGAUCGGUGGAAUUGGCAACUACUGUGGUCAGUGCUAUCGCUGGAGUGAAUGUCAGCCUCAACAAGGCCUGUGAUGAUAUAUUACAGGUGAAGAAUGACCUGGCGACAUCCAACACUGCCACAACCUGAAUGGCGAUGCAACUUUCUACGAAGCUGCGCAACCUUGAGAUGAAUGUUCGUUGGGAGGCAGCAAGAAAUGAAAAUUGCGACGAGGAUUAAAUCGACGAAAGUGGCGUGGCGGACACGGCCUGCCAUCGGUCAUCCCCUAUUCCCAUCUUCUGGAUCGGAUCAACUGAAUAAACUAACCACUGAAUUAUGAACUAAUCUACAGGAUCUAAUCAACAUAACCAGCACUUGGACACGAUCGACAAUGAACUAUUGGGAAAAUAGCAACUUGAACAAUCAAGGGGGAUGGUUAAAUAAAAAAUAAACUUCUAAUGUUUGUUGGAUUUGUCAUGCCUGAAGGGAGAAUAAAUAAAUAAAUAAAGAAGAAGUGGUAGUAUUUUUUUUUAUUUCCCCUAGUAGGUGAAACCGAAGAAAGGCAGAGGUUAUCUACUAUAUUCUGUUCGGUAUGUCUGUGUCUAUUUGUUGUAUGUUUGUGUUCAGCAUAACAGAAGAACGAAUAAAGGUAUUAUCAAACUUGCAGGUUAUGCUUGUAUAUAUUCGCCUCACCUCUGGAACAAGUUACCAGAAGGUGUUAAGGGUGCUUAAACCGCUAGUUCUGUUAAAUGAGGACUGAAAUCUCUAUUGUUUACCACAGCGUAUUCAUACCCACCCAUAUAGUUCAAACUUCAAGUUAUAUUAGUUAUAUACUUUUUUGAUUUUAUUUCUAUUUUUUUUUUUUAAUUGUCAAUGUGACGUUUAUGUAUCAUUUUAUUUAGUUUUUGUAUUUUCAUGUCAUGUAAAACACAUUGAAUUACCUUGUGUUGAAUUGUGCUAUACAAAUAAAUUUGCCUUGCCUGUCCUUGCCUUGCCUAAAAUGAAAGCAAAGAUUUAAUUAAAUUUCAGUAAUGGGGUCAAAGGUCAGAUUUCAUAAAAGGACUAGGAUAACUUGAUAAUGGAUUAUACUAUUUAACUUAAAUUUGCAGGGUAGGUGGUUAUUAGAAGAGAAAGAUUUUGGACCCACUCUACCAAAUAUGACUGCUUUGAAUUUGACUGGUAGACGUCUGCUUUCCCAGAGCGCUCUAGUUUCUCACUUAUCUUUUCGUCAUUCUUUUGUGAGUUCAUAUGCUGUUCCUAGUGAUGUUCAAUAUGACGAUAUACUGUAUAUCAUCAAAACUAUAUAAAAUGACAUAUCGUCUAGAGGCUCUCAGAUCGCCAAUUUUGUGUUAAGUUGGGCAGAAAGUAACUGUUAAAGCCUGCAGCCCUUAUGCAAUUACUGGUCACAGUUUAGCACAUCAGCUGUGCCCAAAGUGACCUCUAGAUGCCUUCAAACAAGCAUGCUUGGUAGAGGAGAAAUAUUUAAUUAAUAUGAAUCUGUGGGGUAUCUAUACUGUCUAUUAUCAAAGUACAUCAAUCUGUGGAGUCCUGGCUCAUUAAUAAAUCUGUCAAUGAUCAAAUUACACUUCCAUUGUGUUUGUACAUGUUUAAAUUUUCAUUCACAUCAUAAUAGUCAGAAAUAAUAGAAGGUCAUUAAAUCAAAUGUCAUUCAAACUCUGUUUUAAAACGAAACUAACUGCAUCAGAGUCGGACAGCCUCACCAUGUUAUGCUACGGCGAAAUUGCAUCAUAUAAUGACAAAUGAGAAUUUUUUUCCCACCACAUAGUUUUCCCAAGAAGAACCAUAACAAAUAUCUAUUUGAAAUAUAUAAUUAGCCAGGCUCAUGUCCUAGCGCUCAGCUACGGUACAUGUACGUAAAAUGCGUAGCUGAUUACAGCUACAUUACCAUAUGUAAUAAUAAGACUUUUUUUACUCGUAGCAAUAUUACGACUUAUACUGUAUUUCGUAGUCCUUCUUUUUCCUUUUAUUUGGCCCUAAUUUGGAAUGAGCUCGAUGACAAGCUAAAAGUGUUGAAAUCCUCCUCCCCCUUUAAAACGAUGCUAAAAAGCAUUCUGAUCAGUGAAUAUAAAAAUUCCAACAUAUCUUAUAUAUUUUACUUUUCUAGGGAAAUAUUUCUUUUUUUGUGUGUGUGUAUCUUUGUGUAUUUUUAGUGCUUAAUGUUAUUGUUUGUCAGUAUGUUAUUGGAUGAGCAUACUAUAAUUAUAAUAUGAGACAAUUCACCCUUUCUGCUCAUAAUUUUUCUUAUGAUUGUCUUAAUGUACGCAGGCUCCUUGCUAUAAGCUUUUUGUAGAUUCUUAAGGAGAGUUCACUCACACAUGAUCUUAGCUCAGCAUUUUGAAAAACACUUUGUGAAUAUGAAUGUGUGUGUGUGUGAAUAAAUUGAAAUUAAUACGUACUACAUUACCACAACAAUAAUAGUCUUUCUGUUAACUGACCCAUGUCAAGGAGUAGGGGGAAAUUCUAGUUGCCGUAUAAAGAGUUUUACUUGUUCAGUGAGAAGGGGAAUAGUUUUUGUUGUUAUUCGUGAACUACAUUUCCAGAAAAACGAACAUCGAGGUACCAUUUAGCUUAGCAAAGAGCGGUAUGAGAGUCAUUUUUCGAGUGUCCCAGAGCUCACAAAACUCGAAAAAAGCGCAUUUAUCAAGGUUUCGGCCGCCGUAACUGCGUAUAUCCGUCCGCCAAAACAGCCUGAUAGCACAGAUAUAACUAUGCCUGCCCCUCUGCUAUUGGAUGUGUUGUUGACGAUAGCGCGGCGUCCCUAAAUAGAGCAAGACUCUAUUUUGGGUCCCGCCUCUUGGAGCAAAUUCAUUCAAACUUGCCGUUCUGUCCAAGACGGCCGUCCACCGCUCACUUUCGCUGAAAAGUCCGAUCUAAAAUACUGUAAUGCCCCUGAUGGGGGGAAGGAGACGAGUCUGUUUCGGCCUACCCAAUUUAUUGUGGCAACAAUAAUAAGAAAAAACGAUAACAAAAUUACAGCAGGCUGCCGUGACAUGCAACCGUUAUCUUUCGCUAUCUCCCUACGUCACAGCUCCCCAGUCCGAUCGUCUCUUAAGGGGGCUGCGCUUAGUUACGGACAUUACAAUACACAAUGAAUAGGUUGCCGCUGAACCCUUCAUACUAGGCUGCCGCUAGUUCGAAAAGGCCUUUAUUAAUUAAAAAAAAAAAAAAAAAAAUCAAUUUGCAAGGCGUGGUGGCCUUUAUGUUGGUAUGGCGGUGCGCCACAAUCUUUUGUGUGUAGGGGAAACCCUGAAAUAGCAUAACUAGCUAGUAAUGAAACAACUGGAACAGUAACUAAAAUAAUUAUCACAUAACAUGAAUUUUGAGCAUUACAUUUUACAAUAUUAUUUACAUACUGUAUUUUGCUUUGCAGCCCAUUGAGUCAAAGCUUCAUUGUAGUUAUUUGCAGUAUGAUGCCAUCAAGUGGUCUUGAAGCCAAAGAGGUCAACGAUGUUAAGAAUUCUAUUGCAAUUUGUUUAAGAGAAUGACAUGAAUGUGCUUAUGUUACUGUAUGACCAAAGUGCUGUAAGGAUCAUUUAUUAAUUUUGAUUAAGAAAUAAUAGUUUCACCAAGGUUUUGGGCUUUAAACAGUUUCUUUUUUGGGAGGGAAAGUAUUUCACUAGCUAAGAUACUAUUUUAAUAACAUUGUUUACAUGCAUGCACUUCUUUAUCUAUGUGGAAAAUGAGAAUGAGGAAAAGUGAGGGGAGGGAUAGCUGCCAUAGUAUGUUGUACUGUAUGUUUUUUUUCAUCAAAUGAUUACAAAUCAGUUCAUUUUUUGGGAGGGAAAGUAUUUCACUCGCAAAGAUAAUAGUUUAAUGAUAUUGUUUACAUGCAUGCACUUAUUUUAUCUAUGUUGCAAAUAAGGGUGAGAAAAGUGAGGGGAAGGGGAGCUGCCAUAGUAUGUUGUACUGUAUACAGUAUAUAUAUUUUUUCCAUCACGUCAUAAAUAAUACUUUAUAUCGUGGCAUAUCGCUAUUGUUAUAUAUACUAGCCCAUAUCGUGAUAGAGGAUUUUUACCAUAUUGCAUAGCUGUUGCUAUUUUAUCACACGACCAACGCAACAGACAUUUUUAUUUUAUACUCUGUGAAGGCAAUUGAAAGACAUUUGCAAUAACUUUUGAAAUAUACCUGCGUGAGCUGAACUGUAAACUUAAAUGGGGCUUUUUAUUCACCCUUUCUAUUUUCUUCUAAAGCCAUGAUAGAACAGUUUAAUUUUAGUGCUUGGUCAUGCCUGGUUGACCACAUGUUGGUAUGAACUAUUUUUUCAGUUUGACUGUAUAACUCCACGCUCACUCGCCUUUAGUUUGUUCAAUUAAGCUCUACACUUAGAUUGACUGUGCAUGGGGCCUUUAAUCUUCAGCAGACCACCUGCAGUUUACGAGGCAUUGCACCGGUGUACACUUUCAGUACCCCAUCAGCCGUGAACAAAUUAUAGUUUCAUUUAUUAACGAUGAUUUGUCUACAAGGACUUACUUCCUUGUCCUCACCUGUAAAGUUUGUUCGCUUGCUUCAGGCCUUUUGGAUUCAAGAAGUUACUUCAUCCCUGAAAUGAAGAAAAAAAGGCCUUUGUAUUGGAAAAGAUUUUGCUCUGUUGGUGCAGAGGUCUCAGAUGGAAGGAUGAGGCCACAAAAAACACACCCCAUCUUUGGGUAUCACCAAGUUCCAAUAGAAGUAAUGUGAAAUAAGAAUGUGAUAGUGAACUUACUGGCUAUUUACCUUCACCAGUCAGUUUUAUUGUAAAGUUGAAAGCAACUGUUGAAGAGAAGUCAUAUUAGAUCUUGACUAGAAUUUGCCAAAAAGCAUGUGGAAGACUCCAUGGUCAAGUGGAAGAUUCGUAGGUCUGAUCAGACAAAAAUUGAGCUUUUUGACCACCAGACAAGACGCUAUGUUUAGCGGAAACCAAACACUGCACAUCACCAAAAAUAUACUUUGCCCACUGUGAAGCAUGAUGGUUAAUGCAUCAUGUUGUGGGGAUGUUCCUCAGAAGCCGGACCUUGAAGGCUUGUAAAGAUAAACCAUAGAAUGAAUUCUGCAAAAUACACCAAAAUCUUAGGGAACAAUCUUCUUCACUCUGCAAGAGAACUACGGCCUGGGAGAAGAGGUCUUUUCCAGAAAGACAAUGAUCCAAAGCAUACUGCAAAAGCUGCACAGGAAUGGUCAAAAAAGAACCAGAUAAAUGUUCUGGAGUGGCCGACUCAAAGCCCAGACCUCAAUCCUAUAAAGAACUUGUGUCUGGACUUUAAUAAAAGCUGUUGACGCCCCAUACCCGUGCAACCUGACAGAGCUUGAGCAGUUCUGUAAAGACUAAUGGAGCAAAACUGCAGUGGGCAGAUGUACAAGAUUGAUUCAGACCCAUCCACACAGACUCACUGCUGUGAUUGCAGCCAAAGGUGCAUCUCUGAAAUACUGACUUGAAACAGGUGAAUAAUUAUUUAAAUAAUUGUUGUCAUUUAAUAAUUUUUAUUUUAUUGACAUUACUCUGGAGAAAUCUGUUAUCACUUUCACAUGAAACGUUUUUUUCCCCAAGAAAUCUUUGUAUUAAAAGUGCCAAAUUGUUUUGACCCUGAUUGAUUUAUUCAUGCAAUAAAAGGAGAAACCAUCCAGGGGGUGAAUGCUUAUGAUCGGGACUGUCCACAGUAUAUACAAUAUUCCCCCUAGCUGGCAUCGAGCCUACUGUUUUAUAGACAGUGAUAGAGCUGUAUUGGCAUUUGUACCGCAGCGUGUACUGUGUUACGUAUAUGUGUGAUGGGAAUUUAUAGAGGUGCUUUCUCGGUCUGCCUCCAAUUUGCACAUGCUUUACAGUCAUGCAUCUCAAGCUUUGUCAAGGUAGGAUAAAAUGAAAAUAGCAAUGGAACAAUAGUGACUCAGUUGAGAAGGGACAGACAGACGACUUUGGUGACAUUCUGAAAUGCACCUGCACUGCAGCACAUCCUACUAAAACAGUGAGUGAGUGGGUUGGCAGGAAGAGAUUUAUGAUCAUGAUUCUUGCAAUACAACAAACACAGGCUGGCAAUUUAGCCCCAAUAGGCCAGAAUGAUGACUUGGCUUUAAAGUAGGCCAAGAACUAGAUUGAACCCACACACACUAACGCCCGUGCCCUCACUUAGUCACAUCCCCUCUCAUCUUCAUUCUCUGUGGAUUUUUCAAAAAUAGCAGAUUAAUUCAAUGAAAUGAGCAGCACCGAGCUGUCAAUCUCUCUCUUCCACCACUGCUGCAUCAUCGCCUUUCAUCAUGCAUCAAGCUGUUCAGAGGCUGUGGUUAUUUGUGACCUAAGAGUGUGAUAACAAAGGCAAGAGCUGAUUGAAUGUAAAAUGAACACGAGUUGUAAAUGACUGACAGAUGGAAAUAUGCCAAGGUCAACCUUUCUUUCACUGAAUGAUGUAUUUCCUCAGAUAAGGAAAUUGUUGGUUCAUUUCAAACAUGCAUUGCAACACUGACAGUUUGAGAUUAUUGUACUAAAUAUUCUGUAAGAACAACCAGGAAAUCUGUUUCAGGUUGAAGAGUUGAGGGCAUUCUCACUUUUGUAUAUCCUUUAGGCUGGUUCUGUAGAACUUAGUUCCUAGCCAAGUGCAUAUCUUAUAUUAAUUCAUACCUGGUAUACGUAGCAGUAGACCAAUCGCAAGAUGGAACCUGGAUCGCAAUGAACUGUCCAAGAUUUAAUGGGAAAAUCAUUACGCUUUCCUGUCCAAUUUCAACUCAUAACUCUAUGGCCAAUCACAGCCCACCAGUUUGUCAACCAUUCAUACUAACCUCAGUCAAAGACUUCUCUCUAAGGUAUAAAAUGCUUCAUCUUGGUUGUGAUCUUUUGUCAGAUUGUAACUCUUGCUUUUUAGAUUUUGCUUUAAAGGCAACUAUUUGUUAAGUUCUCUAUGCUAUCAUCUGUGAAUGGUGGAUUCAGGUAGUGUAGUAUCUGAGCAGAGAUAGUUGUCAAUUAUUAUUCUACAGUUAAAUAUGUCGUAAAUUGUUUUCACAGAAAUAUGAUAGUUGUAAAAAUGACAAAGAAAGGUGUCUAGGGUAUAUAACCAAAGUUUGGGUGGGGGACGGGACUCUUCUCCUCACCUCAUCUGUUUCAUUAGGAUUUAUUAGGAGACAUGAGAUUUCUGGGAGAAUGAAGCCUCCACUUGUUCAACUAGAAUGAUAGUGUAUUCUCUUUUCAUUUCUAUAUCAUCUACCCUUGACGACCGGCCGAUAAUCUCCAAGAAACCCCAACAGUUUCCAGAAAAUACAUAACAGUAACAAGGAGCAUGUUGGAGUGACAAGUCAAGGAGGAAGUGGGAUCUCUGAUGCUCAGCCUUCUCUGCAGGCGGAGCCCCCUGUACAUCUGAUCAGAGACCCCUGAAAAGACACAGUGGAUUCGCUGGACCAAAAACUACGGUGAUUUUCAGGAUGCGGAGGUUCGCAUACUGCAAAGUGGUUCUGGCCACCUCUCUGGUGUGGGUAAUGUUGGACAUGUUCAUUCUGCUCUACUUCAGUGAGUGCAACAAGUGUGACGACAAGAAGGAAAGAGGACUGCCUGAUAGAGAUGACCCUCUGGCAAGGCCGCGGGACGGGCCGGGGGAGGGAGGCAAGCCUGUGGUGAUCCCAAAGGAGAACCAGGAAAAGAUGAAGGAGAUGUUUAAGAUCAACCAGUUCAACCUUAUGGCCUCUGAGAUGAUUGCACUGAAUCGUUCAUUACCCGAUGUCCGGCUUGAAGGGUGCAAGAACAAGCUAUACCCGGACAAUCUUCCCAAAACGAGCGUGGUGAUUGUUUUUCACAAUGAGGCGUGGAGCACGCUGCUGCGGACUGUCCACUCCGUCAUCGACCGCUCUCCCCACACACUCAUGGAGGAGAUUGUUCUGGUAGAUGAUGCCAGUGAGCGAGAUUUCCUAAAGCGGCCGUUGGAGCAGUAUGUCCGAAGGCUGGACAUUCCCGUGCGGGUGGUGAGGAUGGAUCAGAGGUCGGGACUCAUACGAGCGCGCCUUAAAGGUGCAUCCAUCUCUACAGGCCAGGUUAUAACCUUUCUGGAUGCUCACUGUGAAUGCACGACAGGCUGGCUGGAGCCGCUGCUCGCUCGCAUCAAACAAGACAAGAGAACGGUCGUGUGCCCCAUCAUCGACGUGAUCAGUGACGACACCUUUGAGUACAUGGCAGGUUCAGACAUGACAUACGGAGGCUUCAAUUGGAAGCUCAACUUCCGAUGGUACCCAGUGCCGCAGAGAGAAAUGGACCGUCGCAAAGGAGACCGCACGCUUCCUGUCAGGACUCCCACCAUGGCAGGAGGCUUGUUCUCCAUCGAUAGAGAUUAUUUCCAAGAGAUCGGCACAUAUGACGCAGGCAUGGACAUCUGGGGUGGAGAAAAUCUGGAAAUCUCUUUUCGAAUCUGGCAGUGCGGUGGAACACUGGAGAUUGUCACUUGCUCGCAUGUGGGUCAUGUCUUCAGAAAGGCCACACCCUACACAUUUCCUGGAGGAACGGGACAGAUCAUCAACAAAAACAACAGACGCUUGGCAGAAGUGUGGAUGGACGAAUUUAAAAACUUCUUCUACAUCAUCUCCCCUGGUGUAACCAAAGUAGACUACGGUGACAUCACGUCUCGCACAACUCUCAGACAAAAGCUUCAAUGUAAACCUUUCAGUUGGUACUUAGAAAACGUCUAUCCCGACUCUCAGAUUCCCCGCCACUAUUACUCCCUGGGAGAGAUUCGAAACGUAGAAACCAACCAAUGUUUGGACAACAUGGCACGCAAAGAGAACGAGAAGGUUGGCAUUUUCAACUGCCACGGUAUGGGUGGGAACCAGGUGUUCUCCUACACAGCCAAUAAGGAGAUCAGAACAGACGACUUGUGUCUGGACGUGUCCAAAUUAAACGGACCUGUCAUGAUGCUCAAGUGUCACCACCUCAAAGGCAACCAGCUGUGGGAGUACGACCCUGUGAAGCUGAGCCUGGUGCAUGUCAACAGUAACCAAUGUUUGGACAAGGCCAGUGAAGAAGACAGUCAGGUUCCCAGCGUCAGAGACUGCACACACUCGCGCUCACAGCAGUGGCUGCUCCGCAACGUCACACUACCGGAGGUCUUCUGAUGGAGCACACACACACUUCUGAUACACACACGGGGAGGACCGUUUGUCAAAAAAAAAAAAAAACAUCAAAAAGAAUGGAAUUAAACAAGGCCUCCGUGUGGAUGUGAUCUCGAGAAGGACGCCUGGGACGGUACGACAUCGAGGAGCCGUGUUGCGUCCUCAGGACGAAGACUGAGCAGAGCAAAAGACUCCCCGCCGGGAGACGCUGGAUGCUCUCAGCGAGUGACUGAUGCCCACAUGUCACGUCAUCAUGUAAUGUUUACUGACUGCCUCUUAUUACGGAGUGUGUGCACUUAAUUUGUGUGUGUGUGUGACUUGAAUGUUUGCUCCUUUUUUUAUUUAAUUGUCUCAUGGAUCGUGAACACGAACAAAUACGAAGAAGGCUGUUUUCCAUUGUGUGCCUCCUUUUAGUGUGUCUCCCUCUAGUGUCUUCUCCUCGUCUUUACACCCUGCGGACUCCAGCGUUCCCAAAGCAGGGGACCAAACGUCAUGUUGAGAAGACAUUUGUGAUAUCAUACAUUUUCUAUGUCCUGUUUUUACAUGGUUGUCUAUUGUUCGUUCUGUUUAAUAUAAAAUUUAGCUCACUGCCUAUUACACACAGUACAUCCAGUCUUACUGUUGAGUCCAUUGGGUUCUUACGUUAAAGCAGGGCUUCCGUCGAUGUGUUCAUAUUUAGACUUUCCUAAAGCACUUGUCUUGUUCAAUGAUUUGCUAGAAUUAGAAACCUCUUACAGACAUGCUGUCCACUAGUUGACUAUGCUGCCAUAUCCAUACUUACAAAAAUACGUCUGAUCACAGCAAGGGACUUGAUAACAAUAAAUGAAAAUGUGAUAGCUCUCGAUUGAUGAUUCAGUGAAAAUCUGGGGUUCAUUUUGGAAACCCUGCUCUAACCCAAACCAAGUGCGAGCCCACCAUCCAAACAUGACCCGUGAGUGAGUUAGGGACUUCUGACCUGUUAAUUCCAUUAGUGUGUGUGUGUGUUUUUUUUUUUUUUUUUUACAUAC